AAUAACUGAAUCUAGAGAGAGAAAAAGAGAAAUGGCAAACCCUAAGGUCUUCUUUGACAUGCAAAUCGGCGAUUCACCGGCGGGAAGGAUCAUAAUGGAGCUAUACGCCGAUACAACACCAAGAACAGCUGAUAAUUUCCGUGCUUUAUGUACAGGAGAGAAAGGAAUGGGGAAAUCCGGUAAGCCAUUGCAUUACAAAGGAUCGUCGUUUCAUCGAGUGAUACCUGGAUUCAUGUGUCAAGGAGGAGAUUUCACUGCUGGAAAUGGAACUGGUGGUGAAUCGAUCUAUGGAGCUAAGUUUGCUGAUGAGAAUUUUGUUAAGAAACAUACAGGACCUGGUGUUUUAUCUAUGGCGAAUGCUGGACCGGGAACUAAUGGAUCUCAAUUCUUUAUUUGUACUGCGAAAACUGAAUGGCUUGAUGGUAAACAUGUUGUAUUUGGUCAGAUUAUUGAUGGAAUGGAUGUUGUUAAAGCGAUUGAAAAAGUUGGAUCUAGUUCGGGAAGGACGGCGAAGACUGUUACUAUUGCUGAUUGUGGUCAGGUUUGAAUAAUUAUUGCGUUUUUGAAAGCUUGAUGAAGAAAAGUUUUUGGAAUUAUUGUUUUAGGGUUUGUUAUGAAAUCUUAUGAUUAUCAUGCAAACUGGUUUCAAAUUUCUAGAAGGUAUUGAAUGGAUUUGUAAGGUUUCAUUAAUUAUUAUUAUUUAAUUUUGCAUGAACUUU